GAUACAAGCAAAUAUAUAAUAUUAUCAAUCAAUGAUCAGAUAGCGGCCGCGCGGAGUUGCUUUCCAGCUAGCUAGCUCAUUCCGUCCUGGCUGUGGUAUUUAAGAUCAGGCUCUCGAUCGAUCUCAAGCGUACAAGUAUUUCUUUCGAGCAUCAUUUGAAGGAAAAAGGAAGUAGUACUUGGACGUGAGAUUACAAUGGCCGAGGCCCCUUCUAUGCAUUUGAGCGAGGCUGCUGCUGUACAGAUUAAUAUAGAGAUGGAAGAGCUUACUGCUUCGCUCUUAGACGCUGAACCCUUGAGGCCUUCCAAUUGGCCCGAGCUUUGCAUCUACAGGGUCCCCAAAGAAUUCCGAGUUUUCAGGGACAAAGAAAUUAAACAAUUCACUCCAAGGCUAGUUUCAAUAGGCCCCUUUCACCACGGCAACCAAGAACUGCAGGGAAUGGAGAAGGUGAAACUCAUGUAUUUCAAGGAAUUCUGUUAUCGGACUAGGAACGCCGAGCAUAAUCUUGUAAAGUUCGCUGCAGAUAAAAGAUGUGAAGUCGAGAGAUCGUAUUCAGAGACGUUUGAUAUCGAUCAUGAUAGGUUCUUGAGAAUUAUCCUACUGGAUGCUGCCUUCAUCGUGGAGCUCUUCUUGAGGUUCUCUGACUCUCAAACUCAUGCUCAUGGAAACGAUUUGAUAUUGAGUAAACCAUGGCUGAUACAUGCUAUAAGGCUCGACUUCCUAUUACUCGAGAAUCAGCUUCCAUAUUCUUUUCUCGACGAAUUCAUCCAAUUUUUAGGUGAUGAUUGUCCUCCUACCUUUCUUGAGCUUGCCUGUAACUUCUUUUGCUUGAAAUUUAAGGGCGAGAUUUCAAUGGAAUUGAAGGAAGUAAAACAUUUCACUGAUUUGCUGCGAACAUUUCACGUUCUUCCGAUCCUAAAAGCUAAGAGUAUUGAUCGUAGUGAAAGGCCUAGUACUGUCCGUGAACGUCGGACUAAAGUUCUGCACAGUGCUAAAAAGCUGGACGAGGCAGGAGUGAAUUUCAAGGCGAUAGUUCCGAAAGAAGUAGGCUUACUCGGCAUAGAAUUCCAGAAGAUGAAGGGCAUGGAACACUGUCCGUGCUUCAAUUUAUCAUGGCUUUUGAAUUGCUUACCUUGGUUCAAAUGCCUUCCAAUUUUGGAGCGUACGCAGCCAUGCCUGACAAUCCCACAAUUGGAGAUAACAACCGGAACUGAACUUUUUUUCCGAAACCUCGUUGCCCUGGAGCUGUGCCAUUAUCCAUCGGAAUCUCAUUACUUCUGUAAUUACAUUUCCCUGUUGGAUUUUCUAAUCAACACUGAAAGAGACGUGGAACUACUUGUUGACCAAAGUGUUAUCAUCAACCGUCUAGGUAGUAAUGCAGCAGUGGUGACUCUAAUUAAGGAAAUGGGUUCUCAGAUUGUCAUUAUUCCUAGUAACUGUUUCAAAGACAUCAUCCGUCGAAUGAAUCAGCACUGUAAGAACCCUUGGAAUCGGGUCGUGGCAACCAUGUCAAGCGUGUAUUUCCCUGAUAUUUGGAGAGGUACUGCAACUGUGCUUGGACUUAUUAUCCUGGGUUUCACUCUCUGGAACUUUAUUCGGCCUUUUGUACUUGCGAAGCGUUAACAUCGGCGGUGUAACGUUGAUUUGUUCAAAUGCUUUGCUUUUAGUUGAACUCGGUUACCUUGUUGCUGAGUUUAUCCCCUGCAUCUUUUCAGGUACGUUCUACCUA